ACUACACAUAUCCUUCAAAAACAACGCGGCGAUGGCAUCAACAGCAGCGUGGCUUGCGCCUCCUUCAUGGAUAGAGCUUAUUGAAAAUCCGGUAUCCGGUGUUUGGUGGGUAAUUCUAAAUUCUUCACAAUCGAUCUGGCGUUCAUACGCAAUCCCAGACCGUUACAACCCAUCAAAUGUCAGUAUUCUCGAGGACUCUACCACCAGAUCCGCAAUGAGGAGUAAUGGCUGCCUUGCUAAUGCAACUGGACGACGAUGUAGGACCGUUCCUUUAGCCACCACAUUUUCCCAUUGUACAGCAGGUCAGUUUUUCGAAAAUCGUAAUAGAUAGUCAUACUUCAAUAUACAUUUAAAUGCUAGAAAAAAACAUCGAGAGCUAUCGACGACGAUGCGAGUGUGUUGUACCAAGAUCAUUGACAACACCGUUAUCUUCGAGUUCCCUAGUCCAACCCUAGAUUUAGAUGUCAACUUUGAGCGCCACACGCCGUGACACGCUCGCUAAUCACAAAGUCUGUUUCGCUUCUAUGUACUCUGUAGCACAAACAAAGAUAUCUGUUGCAGGGUGAAAUGAUGUUUGAAGUAUAUA